AUGCUGUACAUCCCUGUGGAGGUGAAUGGGCAUAAAGUGAAGGCAUUCGUUGACUCCGGUGCCCAGGUCACCAUCAUGUCACCCGCAUGCGCCUCUGCCUGCAAUAUCAUGCGAUUAAUUGACAGACGAUACGGUGGUAUUGCAAAGGGUGUAGGUACCGCUGACAUCUUGGGGCGUGUCCACUGCGCCGAGAUCAAAAUCGGGGACAUGUUUCUCCCUUGUUCCUUCACGGUGAUGGAUGGAAAGCACAUUGAUCUCCUGCUUGGCCUAGACAUGCUUAAACGCCACCAGGCUUGUAUAGACCUGAAAGAAGGCGUGCUUAAGAUCCGGGAUGAGACGGUGCCGUUCCUCCAUGAAGCCGAUAUACCCAAGCACCAAGACGAGUUUGAAGACGAGCCAAUGGUCAGGGGCUCGGAUGGAGCUAUUAUCGGAGGCAGGACUGGUGCCGUACAGCAUCCAGCUGCAGCAGGCGGGACGGCUGCCUUCCCGAGACCUGCACUACCAACUUCUUUAUAUCGUCCCCCACCAACUGGCCCGUCUCCUGGCCUUUCUCCAGCUCCUGGUCCUGCUCUUGGUCCCCGUCCUGCUCCUGCUCCUUCUGCUGCGACUGCUGCCACUCCUGCUGCUGCGGCUGCUGCUAAUGCCCCCCAGCAGCGAGCCUCGCGCUGGCCAGCUGACUCGAUUGCCAAAAUAACCGAUCUAGGAUUCACGCGAGACGAAGCGAUACAGGCCCUCGACGCAGCGAACGGUAAUCUUGACGGUGCAAUUGGAUAUCUUAUCUAG